UUAGUUUAAUGUUUGUCUCAUGAUGUAAGUGACAGGAAGGAGAAAGCGCUCAAAAUAACAAUGUCUAGUUCUUCAAAUCGCAUGCGAUUGAAGGACAAGAUCAUUGCCAACAUCCAGAAGGCUAUAAAAAGCAUCCAUGAGUUGCAGUAUUAUCAUGGGUCAGAGAGCAGCGUCGUGUUGACCAGUUCGGACAGACCGUGUCGCAAACUGUGUGAAAAUCUCGAUCACGCUCUUCUUCAUGGCUUGCACAAUGUUACGUACGGUUACUGGCGGAUGGUGGCAGAAUUUACGAGGAAAGAUAUUGUGAAAGACAUUAAGAAGUUUGACAAUGUUACCACUGAUUUGGGAAGAGGUCGAGCGUGGCUGUUCAUCGCACUGAACGAGAACCUGCUGGAGAGUUACCUGCGCUGUAUAAUGGACAGCACAAAAAGUGUCAAGAAGUACUAUCUCAAAGAGGCACUGGUUCUUGAUCAGCAGAGAAUGAACGUCCUCAUGACCUUGACGGCUGGUCUUGAUUUUGCCUGUUUUCAGUUAGAUUAUAAUGUCCCGUAUCUGGACUUGAGUACGUACCAGUCAAAGGGCUGGACGGCUGAAUCUCGACAGGAAGAAGAGAAUGACAGGGGAUCGUUCCACAGCUUGUCGUCAUCCGUGGGAUCACGUAGGAGUUACAGUAUGAUUGAGACUACAGAAUAUACACGAGGAUCAUCGAAGCUAGACAGUGAUGCCGAAAGUAUUAACAGUAUGGACGCAGCUAGCGGAAGAGCGGACAGGUUUGGUACAGCCUCUCUUUCAGUUGACUCUGGAUGUCCAUUGGACAGCAGUUGGUGCGCGUCCAUGACAACGACAGUCACGCCCUCCGAUGACAUCUCUGUUUCCAGCCAGGGAUCCAAUGUAGAAGCGGGCACGGAACAAGAUUCACGUAUCCGACGGAUCGAUGCAAUUUUGAAUGUUCCGGACUCUGAACAAGACUUGGAAGUUAUUAGGGUUACGUCUCGAGGAGGAAAAUCUAAGAAGAAGAAGAAAAAGAAGCAGAAAGAACCUGCUGGUAUCAGUUCUUGUGAUAGUGCGAAAAAUUUCCCCGAUGGAACCGAUAGCGGAAAUGUCACAAAUGGAUCGUCAGCUGAUUUGAUUAAUGUUGAUUCUGAACUGACUGAUGCGUCAUUGGAACAGAACAAGACAGCAUUGAAAGAAAGACUUGAUAUUGCCUUAAAGGAAAGACUUGAUAUUACCCUCAAUGAUAUUGCCCCCGGUGAUGGCACAACACAGGCAGUUGUAGUUACUGAUGGACCGGUUUCGGCCGAUCUUUUGACCAAGGUUGAAGAAGACACUUGUAAUGAGAGGAAGCAUGAAUUACCACAACCUGCGGAAGUUAACGAAACACAACCACAACAAGAUAUUAAUAUUUUGUGCCAAAAAGAACAGCAAAUGAAGAAAUGUGUAUCUGAAUCGAACGUUUUAGCAAAUGUUACUGUAGACUGCAGUGAAAUAGAUAAUAAAAUAAAUGAUGAAAGACAGGUGAUAUGUACACAGCCAGACACUGUGUGUGACAGCAGUACUGGAAAUGGACAACGACUUUCUGCUGAUUCAAAGAAUGAUGUCGGUGUUUCUGAAACCGAUUCUUCCUUACGAGACAGUGGCCCGCUUCCCAGUGAAACAUUUCACCUCUCUGAGGAGAGUUUCGCUGGUGAUUCCAUGAACCUACACGAGGAUGAGGACAUCUACAAACAUCAUGGCAGGUGCGUGGAGAGAACAGGACAGAGUAAUUACACGGACAUGAUCAAUCUGAUAUCGGACAUACCGGAUGACGAGAUGGAAACGGAAGAAUCGGUUUCAUCAGUGGAGUCUCCAACUCAGGAUUAUGGAAUAUACUUGGACAAUAAUGCUUUGUUACAUCUGAUGUUGGACAUCUUCACUGAUGAAAACGAACAGCUACAGAAGAUGUACAGCACGCGAGAAGGACAUGCUGAUGGCCAGGUUCGGACUGUGUUUGUCGUGGUGACCAACAAGUGUCUGUACCUACUGCACCAGAGAGAGAGUGAUCGACAGUUCAGAACGGAUGCCAUUAUCGCCUUUAAGGAGGUCGACUUUGUGGCGUUGAGUUUUGGACUUCAGAUCAUCAACAUUGUGUGCACAAAUCGCCGGAAGCAGUUCUGGUUGACAACUGGUGAUGAAAUGCUGACAAAAGCUAUUGUAAGCACGUUAUCGAUGGCAAUGGAGGCUUGUCUGUUUCCGGUUCCGAACCUAACUGUCCUCACAGACGCCACGACUCAGAAAAUCUGCUUGCGAAAGUAUGCUGCUGUUGAAAGUAAAAUAGAGCCUUGUGAUGUCCAGAUAGAAAACUAUUCCCUGGUUUUCUGGGAAGAUCCACAUGCAGCGAAUGGGAACAGCCCAGCAGCAUACAAAGAGGGAAUGCUGUCGAUGAUGAUUUCAGAUACAUUCGGAGGACAUUUCUGGAAACCCGUUUAUGUCAUUCUCAAAGACUACAUGCUGUGCAUCUUUAACCACAAGACCGACAACAAACCCACUCAUUUUGUUCGACUGGGUGGUGACCAGUGCGUAGGGUGUCGACAGUCCAAGGAUGUUGACAGGGAAUACUGUGUUGAAGUCAUCUUAUCCAGCGGGAAGUCGUGGCACCUGAGUGCAACAAACCACAUCGAGCUCUGUGAUUGGCUACAGAGUUUAUGUCAGGCGGUAUCCGAAGGCAUGCAGGGUAUUGGGUCGUCGUGGAACUACCAGCCUUGCUGUGCCGUGCUCACUCAUCAGAAGAUUCUCAUGUGUCACGAGGACGUGCAGACAAGUUUCUUCCGAACGCUCGGCAGCGCCAACAUGGAGGAGGUGACAGGAAUCACAGUCGACCCAGACGUCACAACAUACUGUCUGGUCGAGUUUGAGUCGAUGGAUGCUGCAGUCAGCAGUGAGCAAUGGGUGUUGUACUUCAACACCGAGAUGGAGAGGAACAAGUUUGUCAAAGCCGUGUCUAAAUGUUGGUCCACGCACUUCCAGGUUGACAUCUCCGUGACUUCCAUAAAUGACGUUCCGCUACAGAAGAGAUGUCAGGAGACGGCUCAGCACCUAAAGCAGUCGCUGCAAAAGAUGUGACGCAUUUCUGUGCUUUAGUUCUCUCUGUCUCGCAAUAUUUCAACAAUAACACUUGUCCCGAGUUUGUCGCCACUGUCAAGAUGUAUCCAGCCCACAGAGCCUUUUGAAACAGAGUUACAUAUUAGAUACAUUUUUUAAUUUUAGAAUGUAAGUGUCUGUAUAUGUAUAUUUAGUGUGUCUCUGAUCCCUUAAUGUUUGUAUUUCAUUUUAUUUCCUAAUCUAUACACCUAAGCCUCGUUCCGUGAAUCGGGGAUUCUAAAUUUUUAUAAAAGUCUACUAGCCCCCAUGGCUACAGUGAUUUAAAAAAUGUACUAGCCACAAUUAAAAAUUCACUAGCCCAAAUUUAAAUAAAUACAAUUUUACCAAUAGGAAUAAUCGGAUAUGUCACCUAAAGGCAGGGAUAAAGCUUAAACACCAUUAGAUUGGGGGAGAGGUGUGUGCAGAAUAUUAUUUUUUACAAAAUAGACAAUUGCAGAACUGGGAAACAAUUUUUUUUCAAUAGCCAUCGAGCUGGAAGUUAGUUGUUAUUUACUAGCCCAACACUGAAUAUCACUAGGGAGUGGGGCUACCAUAAUCUAAAAGCCCUGCAUGAGGUGAUCUUAGGGCUAAGGUCACCUUAAGAGCAUAACUACUGUAUGUACUUAAGGUGAUCUUAACACCAAGAUCGCAUCGUGGAACGUACCCUGGAUAUAAAUUAUAUUGCAGCCAAGGUAGUUGUCCAUGCCAAUGAGAUUUAAACCAGAUAUUAAGAGUUUUUACAGAUUCUGUAUCUACAGGGUAUUUACCGAGAUGGCAUGAAUAAAUUACAUAUAAGAAGCACAUUGGUGUGAUUCCAGCUACAUAGUUAAUUACCAUACAUUUUUAUGCAUAUUUAUGGUUGCUAUCUAUUUUUCCCUAGAAUACACUCAAUAUUGAUGAAAUAACACUUUUACUAUAUUGUUUUCAAUAUUCUCUGUAUUCACAGAACAUUAAUUUCCGUGUUUUGUAUCCUCGAAAUGUUCACAUUUACUUCUGAAGUAUAAGUCACAUGGUCGAAACUAGGUGGUACUUAAUUAUUUUCAUUUCAACUUUUUUUCGUGUUUAUAAACAAUUACGGUUCAAGCACGCUGUCAUGGGUACACAUCUCAGCUAUCUAGGCUGUCUGUCCAGGACAGUGGGUUAGUUGUUAGUGAAUUAAUUUCCAGGGCCUGUGCCACGAAGCCAUCUUAGCACUAAAACCACCUUAAGUGCAUAAGGGAAUUAGGUACUUAAGAUGAUCUUAGUACUAAAAUCGCUUCAUGGAAUGGGGUCCAGGUGUAUAUAAAUUGUUUUUUAUACCAGCCUCGGUGGUGUCGUGGUUAAGACAUCGGACAUAAGGCUGGUAGGUACAGGGUUCACAGCCUGGUACCGGCUCUCACCUAGAGCAAAUUUUAAUGGCUCACUGGGUCCGAAAGACCACUACAUCCUCUUCUCUCUUACUAGCCAUUAACAACUAGAUAGUGAGGUGUGUGCCAGGACAGCAUGCUUGAAUUCUAAUUGGAUAUAAGCACGAAAAUAAGUUGAAAUGAAAUAAAAAAUAUAAUUUUUAUGUACAAAAUUAUUCAGAAGUAAAAUCCAAUUGGGGUAACCAGAAACACAUUGAAUAUAUACAGACACUGAUAUUUGAAGCUAGAAAAUGGAUUUACCAGCAAUAUGUAAUUUUAGUCAUUUAAGAGGCUGUGUUAGUCAAACAUCUUUAAUUCUUACAAUGGCAGAAAACUCUUUAACAUAAAAUACCAUUAUGUUUGUGCUUUGAAAGACAUCAUGUCUAAAAAACCCAGAUUGAGUGCUUUUAAGAUUGUUUAUUUAAGAAUCAUUCCCAACUUUUAUUAUUUAUUUAUUUAUUUAAGGGUUUAAGUUCAUGUAUCAUUAUUUGGAGUGGUUUUUUUACAAAACUCGUUACAUGCAAAACUGUCAAGUGGAGAUAAACACACAAACUGCUUUUAGGGCAGUAAAAUGCUUGAAUUUGUAAGAACAAAAAAAAUGUAUGCUUAAAAAGGAAUGGAAAGUUUUUUAAUGGCACCUCAGCACAUUUUAAGUACAGCUAUUGGAUUACAUGGAUACCUUGUGUAUAAUAUACUCUUCAAAAAAAGUAGGGAAACCUGAAAUAUUAAUGUUAAUAUCAACUAUUAGACUGAACUUACAUUUUCACCACAGACAUCCUAGUAAAGAACGUUCAGGUCUGUUUAUCAGCACACCAAAACACAAUCCAUAUUUUGCACGUGCAUCACGCAGUUGCCCCGUACACGUGCGUGGGGUAUCAUUCUCUAUUUGACAAUUUCCAGGAAGGUCGAUUAAUCACUGUGAAACAUUAUUUCUGUCAAUCUUU